UGUUCCCAGUGUUUGCCAGGACUCUUCCAUUGGGAAAGGGGGUGGCUGGGAGGCUGAAUGUGGAGGCUGGGCUGGAUUCCUGCCCUUCCCCGGGCAGUGGAGUGUCUGGUGCACUUUGAUCCCUGGACGGAGGCUUGGCAGAGACAGCUGGUGCUCUGCCCAAGCUGGGAACGGGCUCCACAGCACACCUCGCUGCAUUCCCAGUGGGAGAGAGGGUGGGAGUGUGUGGGUCAGGAUGAGGCCUCUGCUCUGGGCUGCCUGCAGCCAGCUGCUGCCCCGGGGAGCUGGGCUCUGUGCUCCCAAGCCAGCUGUGACCACUGUGGUGACUGCAUCACACCACAGCCUGCAGCCUCCGGCCCUUCUGGCUGCCUCCAGCUCCCCAGCCAGUGUGUCUGCAGGGUUCCUCCAGCCCCUGGUCCCAGGGAGCAGAGCCCCCAGCUGCUGGAGCUCGCAGGUCAACGUGCCCCCCAGUGCCCUGCUCGUGGCCCGGCCUGUGGGGGUCUGCUCCAUGAUGAGGCUUCCAGUGCAGGGGUCUGCGGAGGGACUGGACGUGGCGUUUGUCGGUGUCCCGCUGGACACAGGCACGUCCAACCGGCCGGGAGCCAGGUUCGGCCCGCGCCAGAUCCGCGCCGAGUCGGCGAUGGUGAGGAGGUACAACGGCAGCACCGGGGCGGCGCCCUUCGACUCCCUGCGGGUGGCUGACAUCGGGGACGUGAACGUGAACCUCUACAACCUGCCCGACAGCUGCCGCCUCAUCCGGGAGUCCUACCGGGAGAUCGUGGCCUCCGGCUGUGUGCCCCUCACCUUGGGUGGAGAUCACACCAUAACAUACCCAAUCCUGCAGGCCCUGGCGGCAAAGCACGGUCCCGUGGGCCUGGUGCACGUGGACGCUCACACCGACACCGGGGACGUGGCUCUGGGGGAGAAGAUCUACCACGGGAGCCCGUUCCGGCGUUGCGUGGAGGAAGGGCUGCUGGACCGCGGCCGCGUGGUGCAGAUCGGCAUCCGAGGCUCCUCCUAUGACCCUGAUCCCCACCAGUACUGCCGGGAGCAGGGUUUCCGGGUGGUCCCAGCUGAGGAGUGCUGGAUGAGGUCCCUGGAGCCGCUGAUGAGGGAGGUGAGGGCGCAGAUGGGGGACAAGCCAAUGUACAUCAGCUUCGACAUCGAUGGGCUGGACCCCGCCUACGCCCCGGGCACCGGCACGCCGGAGAUAGCCGGGCUCACACCUGCGCAGGCUUUGGAGAUUAUUCGUGGCUGCAAAGGUCUGAACAUAGUGGGGUGUGACCUUGUGGAAGUCGCACCAAUGUACGAUGUCUCUGGCAAUACAGCCCUCCUGGGGGCAAACCUACUGUUUGAGAUGCUGUGUGUCCUCCCAGGAGUGAAGACACUGUGAGGGCAGUUCCCACCUGCCCUGGGGCAAACACAACUCCAUGUCCUCAGCCAGGCUUUCCAUGUCCCCUUCCCUUCAGCCAGCAUGGGCUUUGCAGCAUGAAAUAAAUGCCAUUUACCACUAGAAAA